GCGGCCGGCUGCUCCGAUGGCGGAGACCCCGGCGCGGGCCCGCCCGCUCUUCGGCGGCGCCUUCUCGGCGACUCUCCCCGUGGGCGCCGUGGACGCCAGCGCGCUGCGGCCCGUGCCCGACCACCAGGAGGUCUUCUGCCACCGCGCAUGCGCGCAGAGCCUCGUCCUGGAGCUGCUGCAGCUGCAGGGCCACGUGCGCGGAGAGGCCGCCGCUCGGUACCACUUCCAGGACCUCGGGGACACGCAGGAUGCCGAGGCGGUGCUCGUGGAAGCCGUGCGGCCCCUGCCCCUGGAGAACUUGGCCCUGAAAGACUGCUGCCAGGAAGCCUGGCUCCUCUCCGGACAGCAGCGGGUCGCCAAGGAGAACCAGCAGGAAGCAAAGACUGUGACAAUGCACCAGGCCUUGCUGCGACUGCCCCAGUACCAGACUGAUAUUCUGCUCACCUUCAACCAGCCCCCCCCUGACAACAUGUCCUCUCUUGGCCCCGAAAACAUGCCACCUCCACCCUGGAGCCUGGUUGACUUUGAACAGAUGGUGAACACCUUGACCCUUCAUGACCCCAACAUCUUUGGUACCCAAUAAAGACGCU